AUGGAUCCAACAUUAAUUCGAUAUUUUUCUGAUUCCGGCCCUGUUUCCAAGAAAAACCAACGAGUAAAAACGAAAGAAGAUAAACGGCUUCAGUUGCCUGUGCCUUUACCACUUGGUCUUCUUCAAAAUGAUCGCUCAACAUUAACAACUAAUGAAUGGACUCUUCUUUCAAAUUGUCUUUAUGCAUUUGAUGAGCAAAACUGUUACACACGUAUUCAAAAUUUUCUUAAUGAAUUAUCUUCAUUACCACCGAAGUUGCGAUCGAAACCAUCUGAAAUUGUGAAUCUAAUGCGCGAGCUUUAUAGCAGUGUUGGACCGCUUAUCGAACGUUCAUCAGAUUUUCAUUCUUUACCGGUUGAUGGUCGUCAAGUUCUUAUUAAGCAUAACUUGUACUCUUUACCACUUGGUCUUCUUCAAAAUGAUCGCUCAACAUUAACAACUAAUGAAUGGACUCUUCUUUCGAAUUGUCUUCAUGCAUUUGAUGAGCAGAAUCCUUCUGCACGAAUUCAAAAUUCGCUAAAUGAGUUAACUUCACUACCACCCAAAUUACGUUUGAAACCAUUAGAACUCACGAAUCUUAUUCGCGAACUUUUUAGCAGUAUUGGACCACUCAUUGAACGUUCAUCAGAUUUUCAUUCGUUACCAGUUAAUGUUCGUCAAAUUCUUGUUAAACGUAAUUUGUACAUCACUGGCUCGAUGAAUGGACUCUUUUUGUGUCGUGAGCUGCACGUAUUGGAUAAUAUGUCUGUUCUCAAUUCUUACACCCAGUUGUAUGGUUGUGAAUAUAUGAUAGAAUGUCGUCGAAAAAUUGCACGAUAUGAUCCAAAUGGAAGUCUUAUUAAAAUCUUCGUAUUCAUAUUAGCUUUUUCAAGCAAUUGCUCACUUGUUACAUAUGAUAGUCAAGCAGAUCUUACAAUUAUGUCAAACUCAAUCCAUUUGGUUCCUAUUCAAAAUGUAUAUAUUACGAUGUUGUGGAAAUAUUUGAUAUAUCUAUAUGGAUUCAAAGAAGCAGUACUUCGAUUUACUCGACUUAUAAAGGAUGUUCUAGAUUUAGUUAAUAUGUUAAGUCAGGCUCCUCAGACAGAAACUCGUAGCCGUAUUAUGAAUCCAAUCGUAACAGAAACAGAACAUACAUUGAUGAAUGGCAACUGA